UUUAGUUGUGAUCCUUCUAAUUGUCUUUCUUACCCAUUCAUAUAUCUUAAAGAACGCUUCGCAGUUGAGAAUUUAUUCUUUUAUCUAGGAACAUACCUGUAUAUUUGUGUUAUAUCCGUUUGUUGGACUUUUGAGCUGUUAGGAGUCACAGUUUGCUCUAAGGACUUUUCAAUUUCGCCACCCCUGCAUUAUUCAAUCAUGCCCAAGGUUAAGCCAGGCAAAAAGUUAAGUCAGAGGAAGUCUACUCGUCGUUCGGUCCGAGAUGCCGCCAGCCAGCCUUCUCCUGUCGACCUCGAGACAGACGUCGGCCAAGUUUUUACUUCUACGCAGAGCCCAGCUGCUGGAAGUUCGGCGUCGACAACCAACGAUGGACAGGUUUCGCAGGUUAGCACCAGGCGCAGAUCUGGCUGGCAGCAAGCUUCCCGCCCAUCUUUGGAGCAGCUUCAUAUAGAGAGAGAGCAUCUGUUGUUUUCUUCGCGGGCGCCCGGCACUCAUCAUACUUAUAGGAACGCUUGGUCUGUGUUUAAGCAGUUUCGGCUGCAAUAUCAUUAUGAUAUAAGUAUACGUCCUGACGUUGAGCAGGUCGCUCAAUUUAUUGCUUAUCUCUCCUGGAAUGGGUAUGCGGGGGCAACAAUAAGUACAUAUAUAUCAGGCCUGGCUUUUACGAUGCAAACAUUGGGUUGGCCUGAUGUGACUGACGCGUUUGUAAUCCGGCGGCUGGUAGACGGGUGCAGGCGGAAAAAUGCUCGCCGUGAUACCCGGUGUCCCAUAACCCUGCCUAUUCUCAAAUCCAUCCUAAAUUCAUUGACUCACGUAUGCGUUAAUACGUAUGAUCUGGCAUUGUUUCGGGCUGCCUUUCUAAUCGCUUUCUUUGGUUUUCUUCGAGUAGGGGAGUUCACGUCUCGAUCUAGACAUGAACCCGUUCCUUUAUCAGAAAAAGAUGUUAUUAUUCAAGGUAUGGGUAAUCAAGCAAAAUUGCGCAUUGUGAUUGCGAGGUCUAAAACAGAUCAAACUGGACGUGGAUGCUCGAUUUUAAUUCCACAGAAUGUUGUUUCGUAUUUAUGCCCACUUCGCGCUGUAAAUGAUUACCUCGCUCUGCGGAGCUCGGUCGGCUCUGCCUUUUUCCGUCACUUUGACUCGUCACCCCUAACGAGGCACCAAUUUGGCCAAGUUUUAAAGCGUGCCAUUAGUUUUUGCGGGCUACCCGUUGCUCAUUUCUCUUCCCAUUCUUUCCGUAUUGGGGCGGCAACUUCUGCAGCCAUGGCAUGUGUUCCCGAUGUUUGCAUUCAAAAUAUGGGGCGCUGGGCUUCCAACACACACAGAUUGUAUAUUCGACAACCUCUCCCCCCUUAAUUUAAGCAAUUUUGCCAGUAUGUUUAUCACCCUUCUAUGUUUAAUACCAGUUUGUGCACAAUUUAAUAUCGACCUAAUGUUUAUUUGUUUUUGUUUUUUGACAACCCCUAACGAGCAGUAAAUAUUAACCUUACUCUCUCUCUCUCUCGCUUGUUGCCAUAGUGACGCAAUGGUUAUCUUACCCGUUAAUAGUUCCAUGGGCGCAGGCAGAAUUGCUCGCCCACUGUUAGUAGAUUGUGGUCUUUGCUACACUUAUCGUGUUUAUGGUAACUAUGUACCCCCCCCCUUUUUAGAAUGUACAAUUGGUGCCGCUGUUUCUUUCCUUUUCUCUCUUCCAUGUGCAGUUAUUUGGAGUCUCGACGUGGGUUGUGUCAGCAUUCCACGGAAUCGUAAGAGAGGAAGGGGACAAUUCACGUUUCGCUGACGCGGGCAGUCCCGCUCUAGUUGGGGGCGGGCCCUCACUACUCGGCACGUGGCCGGGUCCUAAAACUCAAUACAUCCGCGAACAGGAGAACACUUGAUUUCUUUGUCGCGGAGCGAAAUCACUAGAGUAACAGCUGUUUUACCUCCGUCGAGGACUCGCUGGCUCGGACGUCGCGAACAGUUGGAACCUUUUUAUGAGCAGAUGUUAUGACCUGAAUACCUUAUCCAGAACUCACACGUGGUAUCAUCAGAUCUCACGUCCUUACUACAAACUUCACUAUUUACUGACUAAGCCCCGCCCCCCCCCCCCCCGCCUCUCCUUUAUCUUAGUGCACUAGAUUCUUCGCAAGUGGACUGAAUGAGCAUGAAUCCUCCUAGAUGGUU